CGGGAUUAGCACAAUAGUGCAGUGAUGCGGGGUUGUGGCUGGUCAUUAACGAAAAACAGUGUCUGUAAAACCUCUCCAACUCCCGAGAUACUGUUAUUACUCCUUACAGGUGUCGGUAGUCGUGGUACCAUCGUUCUGGGACUGGGCCACUGAGUUAUUUGGCCGUAAAGCAGCUCGCCGGGACUCACAUCUGCACAGCUCCGUGUCAACAGCGGCUUCAUCUCCACCUGCUCUGACUUCACUGUCUUGAUCGCGUUAAUCGCUUUACAAAGACCGUGACACGCAGAGGGCUGAUGUUUUAAUUGCAGCAUUUUGCUGGCUAAAAAUAAACACUUCUGCUCCCCCCAGAAAGUGGUGGGCUGUUAGGGUUUUUUGGUCAGCUUGCUCGGAGCUUGUCUCUCUACAUGGUCGCUCCAGUGAGCCUGAGCGACUGGAAGAGCAGGGACCACGAGGCUGUGAUCCGCGGAGGAGCCUGGCCCCGGUGUUCCCUUACUGCGAUGGCCUUGACCGGUGUCCAGUAGUCAUAGCAUAACAACACCUGAUCCAGCACCACCACCCAAACUUUAGUAAAAGGUCAGGGUAAAGAAAAAGGUUUUGUUUCUUCCCCUCUGAGACUGGUGCCGGACUGGGUCUGACCGCAGCAGAAGAUGUCAGAAGACAACAACGCAGAUAAAUUCAUUAAGGAGACUUCUAUUCUGGAUGAAUACAACAUAAACUGGACUCAGAAGUUGGGAGCUGGAAUCAGUGGGCCUGUCAGGGUUUGUGUGAAGAAAUCAACCCAGGAACGCCUGGCGCUGAAAAUCCUUAUUGAUCGCCCCAAGGCCAGAAAUGAGGUUCGUCUACAUAUGAUGUGUGCCAACCACUCAAACAUAGUGCAAAUCCUGGAGGUUUAUGCCAAUAGUGUCCAGUUCCCUCAUGAGUCCAGCCCGAGAGCAAGGCUUCUGAUUGUUAUGGAGAUGAUGGAGGGUGGGGAGCUCUUCCACAGAAUCAGUCAGCACAGGCACUUUACUGAAAAGAUGGCCAGUCAGGUCACUAAACAGAUCAGUCAAGCAUUGGCGCAUUGCCACUCACUAAAUAUUGCACAUCGCGACCUGAAGCCGGAGAACCUGCUCUUCAAGGAUAACUCUCUGGAUGCACCUGUGAAGUUGUGUGACUUUGGCUUUGCCAAAAUUGAUCAAGGAGACUUGAUGACCCCUCAAUUUACUCCUUACUACGUAGCACCUCAGGUACUUGAGGCUCAAAGAAGACACCAGAAAGAGAAGUCUGGAAUCAUACCUACCUCACCAACCCCGUACACAUAUAACAAAAGCUGUGACCUGUGGUCUCUGGGCGUGAUUAUCUAUAUAAUGCUGUGCGGCUAUCCACCGUUCUACUCCAAGCACCACAGUCGCACCAUCCCAAAGGACAUGAGGAAAAAGAUCAUGACGGGCAGCUUUGACUUUCCUGAGGAUGAAUGGAGCCAGAUCUCUGAGAUGGCCAAGGACAUCGUACGCAAGCUGCUGAAGGUGAAGCCAGAGGAGCGUCUGACUAUCGAGGGGGUCUUGGCUCACCCGUGGUUGAACUGCACCGAGGCCCUUGACAACGUGCUGCCGUCUGCACAGAUGAUGAUGGACAAGGCGGUGGUCGCAGGUAUCCAGCAGGCCCACGCGGAGCAGCUCGCCAACAUGAGAAUCCAGGACCUGAACGUCAGCCUGAAGCCCCUAAACUCUGUCAACAACCCAAUCCUCAGGAAGCGGAAACUGCUGGGCCCGAAGCCCAGUGACAGUUUCUUCAUUCAUGACCCAGAGAACGGGGGAGAAGACUCCAACGUAGCGCUGGAAAAAUUACGAGAUGUCAUUGCACAGUGCAUAUUACCACAAGCUGGAGAAAACGAGGAUGAGAAGCUGAACGAGGUGAUGUUUGAAGCCUGGAGGUUCAACAGAGACUGUAAGCUGCUGAGAGACAGCCUGCAGGGACUCAGCUGGGACGGACGAGCCUUCUCUGAUAAAGUCGAUCGCUUGAAGUUGGCCGAAAUAGUGAAACAGGCCAUUGAAGAGAAGACGAAUCUCCAAGAAUCCCAUUAGUGAAUGCUGUAAUGCUGUCUUUCUACCCUCUUUUUAUAUUGUUUAUUAUGACCUUUUUUAAUUCAUAUCUGUAAAAAGGCCUUUUUUUAAAUGUCAAAUGCGCUUUUUUUUUCUUUCGUAGAUUCCCUUGCAAGACCUUUUGUUGACCUAUUGCAAGAGCUAUUGUACAGCUGUAGAUAAAUUCAGAGGACUCAUUGGUACUACAGAAUUUUUUUAAUGGACUAUUGAGAAGAACAUUGAAAAAAAGUAUAUUUUCAUUUUUUCAACAAAAAACACGGAAAAAAGUAGAUCUGUGAAAGAAAAUAUUUUCUGGGAGGGAAUUUUUAUUAGCUGUUUAUCUAAGAUGUAAUGCCUUUUAUCCUAAUAAUUUUGUUUUAUUGUAUUUUAUUUUAACAUCCCAAUGACUUUAUUUAUUUAAAAAAAAUCCAAUAUUUUAUACCUUUCUUUUAGCUUGAUAGUGGAGAAGCUGUCUGUGAAAUAACUUUCUUCUUCCACACACUCUGCUGAGAGGUAAAUGAAUUAGUUUUCCUUUUUUUUUGUGCAUCUUUUCCUUGACAUUUCUAAUGCAGAAAUCAAGGAGGACUGAGUAUGGCAGAAGAAGAAAGUGUCAUAAAGGAGAAAAAUGCUGCCUUAGAUUUGUCUGAUUUGUCUGCUGCACCCCCCGUCUAACUCAUUUAGAUCUAGAUAAUCAAAUAUCAGCAUGGAAAUGGUGUUUGAUCACUAUUAACAAUAGGGACCAAGUCCUGAGGAUUUUAUGGGGAGGGAAAAAAAGAUUGACAUAAUUACCAUCUCCACUAAAAACUUUUCAAUCUCUGAAGAAUAUAGAAAUAUGAAGAAGAAAUAUACAUAUAUAUAAACACACACGCAUAUAUCUGAGAUGUUAAACCCUUCUGAUUUAAAUUGUUUGCGUUUUCCCUACAUUCACCAAAACGGUUUAUCGGGCUCGAAAGGUCAAAGCAGGCAAGUGCCACUCCAGGUGUGAAAGAGAGCUCUGCACUGAUCUUAAAGCUGUAAAGAAACCUCACUGAACAAGUCUGCGUGGACGGUAUAAACACUACUCUGGCUACAGUGCUUUCAAAACAUGUUUGAAAAAAGAAAAAAAAACCUAUUCUGAACAUUCAGUCGUCUCGGCCUUUAGAAGAUGAGGUGGGAUGUGGUUAACGCACCAAGGAAAACCUCUUGAAGCAUUCUCAGAGUCGCCGCAUGUAAAGUGAAGUGAACUAUUUCACACACUUGCAAAAUGUCUCUUUCCAAAUUCCACACGUGGGUUUGAAAAGUCCCAAGUCCAGUCUUUGCCUAAAGCUGCUGAUCUGUGAAACUUGCACAAUCUGAGCUGCUUUGAUGCAAAGUCGGAUUUGCUUGAAUUCAGGCCUGCGUUGUUGUUAAUAUUUGAACUUUUGUUUUGGAGCAGGAGCUGUUACUUGAGCAAGCAGAAACACAAAAAUUCCUGGCAUUCUUGAGUGCAG